UCGUACGGUUGCAUCGCUCCAUCGUGCCAUAUUCGUCAAAAUAUACUUAUUCGUAAUGUAAAAAAAAUUUGCUUAAAACAAACUCAUCUUGAGAUCACCACAACGGUGUUCUUGUAAAAUAUCGUAACUUAAACAAAAAAAAAAAAACCGUAAUAUGUUUUUCAAACGCCGUCAUAAGACGGCAGUGCGUCCCUCGAAGGCUUAUUACCAAUCCAAUGCGCCACCAUCAUUGCCGCCUUCCAUGCAGCACACAAUUCACAAUGAUCAGUUACCGUUUUUGUCCCGUGCGCGCUUUAGUGCUCUGCCACAUUUUCAGAAAAUCGGUGUUGAGAAGGAGAAUUUAACACUUUUCAUUGCAGUUCUCUAUGUUGUCGAUUUGUUUGGUGUCUUCCCGUUAAUUACACUGCCAGCUCUCAUGGUGGAGCUGGGCAUUCUGGGUAUCCCCUUGAUUUUGUCCGUUAUUGUGCUACAAAUCUACACUUCGUACUUGCUCAGUCAAUGUUGGAUUAUGGCUGAGUCCUUUGAUCCGUCGAUAUCACAGAAGAGCAGAUAUCCCUACGCAGCGAUUGCAGAUUUAGCCUAUGGACCAUACCUCAGCCUCUUCGUACGCAUCCUACUCGACAUCAGUAUAUUCGCCACAGCCAUACCGAGUUUGGUGAUAGCAGCGCAAAAUCUCGAGCUUGUCGGCGAACGAAUAACGGAUAAUGAGUUUUCCUUCUCAUUUUGCUAUUGGGUUAUUAUCAUCGGAAUAUUCUCUUGUCCGCUCAUGUGGUUGCGCAGUCCCAAACAUAUGCGUGGAUUGGCGAUAUUCUCGCUCAUCGUCCUCGUUGUUAUUGUGAUUCUUUUGUGGUUUUGUCUUUUCGCCGCCGCACCGUUGGGUAAACCCUUCGAAGGUGUCAGCUUGGAAUUGCCAUCUUUGUUGGCCCUGCUGAAUGGUUACAGCAUUUUGGCUUUCCAGUUUGACAUUCACCCAAUGUUACUCACCUUGCAAAUCGAUAUGCAGCACAAAUCUCAAGUUUAUUGGGCGGCCUUUAGUGGAAUUACAAUUACUUGUGCCAUUGCGAUAUUCGGAUCAAUCGUCGCUGCAUACAAAUUUGGUACAAUGAUCGCGGACAAUUUAUUGGAGUCAUUACCGAAGAGUGUGCCACUCUACUUACUACUCAUACUCAUGGCAUUGCAAUUGUGUUUCUCAAUUAUAGUUGGCAGUACAGCAAUGUUCUUACAAAUCGAAAAUUAUCUGCAAAUCAAAGAAGCAUUCUCUUGGAAGCGCAUCGUUCUUCGCUCUACCGUUGUCGGCCUAGAAGUACUCAUAGCGGAAUUUGUGCCGGAGUUCGAUGUUCUCAUGGACAUUGUAGGUGGCACUAUUGUCGCGCCGUUGGUUUUCAUUCUGCCACCACUACUGUAUCGGCGUAUCAGUCAAAUGGAGAGAUGCCAUCAGCGGAUUGCGACGGAGUCUUCAUAUGGUAGCAUACCACUCGAUUUGAAUUACGAACCGGUGCAUUCAGAUAUGGAACAGUUAUUGAUGUUGGAACAGCAACAACGCAGCGGUGUGCCGUUCUCAUGGCGUUUACGUCUGCGUAAAUAUUGGUUGAACGUGGCAAAAUGUUGGCAUCGUUUGAAAUGCGAUUUGACGUUGUCGCUAACGGUGAUGCUCUUCGGUGUUUUGGCCACUAUAAUUUCAACAUAUUUAAAUAUAUUUAAUAUUGCAGAUCUAUUUCAGUUCAAGGCGACAUGUUUCUUUAAUAUGACGGGAAAUCAAAAGCAUUAAAUUUUUUUCUACGAAA